CAAUGCACAGGAUAAAAUAGGGUGAUGCGCGAUACCGAUCAAGUUGCAAUGUCAUAUUACAUGGUUUCACCAGAAUCAAAAGCGAAACUAAACCCGCUACCGCACCUACAGUGAAUAUAUGUGUUGUUCGUCAUUUGAAGUUGUUCGGGCAGGAUGGCAGAAGCCUACGCAUUUGCCCUGCUUGUUGAGUUGGAGAGGAAUCCCAAUAUUCCCAAACUGAAGAACAAGUUGGUAAAAUAUUUCCAAAGUAAAAAGUCUAACGGUGGUGAUUGUCUUGUGGAAUACGAAAAUAGACAACAAGCAGUAGUGCGGUUCAAAACUGAGGAGGUCAGGCAUAGAGUUCUUGAGAAGCAGGAGCACGAGAUCAGGUUGGAUCGAGGGGUGCUGAAACUGACCGUUGGUCUGCCAUCAGAUGAUGUCCCAAAGAAUGUAAAGGAAACACAGUCUCCUGUCACCUCAGGUUAUAGGGAGCCAAUUGACAGCCAGCUCAUGGCGUCAGCUAAGAGGAAGGCAGAGGCUGAUGCUCAGCAGGAAUUACUAGGCUUCAAAAAGCAAGCUGUUGAUGCUACUGACUCAAAAGACUUACCAACGAGUGGGGUUGGGGAUGGACACACUCCCCUUACUGAGCCACAGACAGAGAUUGAGAUUGAACCGAUGGAAGUCGAGGAAAAGCUGGUGUCCACCUCAGCCGUGUUGGGGAACAUUGAGGAGAGCAUGAACAAGGAGUUCCUGGAGAUGCUGAUAGAGAACAUCCUGAGUGCAUAUAACACCUCUGGUUCUGACUCUCCUACUGCAACUCAAACCUUCAGUCUGGAGAUCCUGACACCUGUCCUAGACACCGGCUUGGCUGUGGUGACUUUCCAAAAUGGAAAAGAGACUGAGAACUUCAUCACCAGCUGCACCAGCAACAGGAUGUUCAGACAGAAACAACUAUCUGUUAAACUCCUGGAACUCACCACAAAAGUGAAAGUUGAAAACAUAAAUCCAAAUGUUAGUUCAGACCACCUCCAACUGUUAUUUGGAAAAGGGGGCGAGGAGGUGGAAGACGCUGAAAUGAAUGAAGAGGACCAAUCAGCAAUCCUCACCUUUCAAGAUCCUAAAGCUGUUGACAGAGUCCUAGAGAAACCACAUUACAUCGAGAAGCAGCCUCUCAAGGCUUUCCCCUUCUAUGAUUCUCUGGGAACGGCCUUGUACGGCAAAGACAGACCCACAUUGAUACUCCCUUCUGCCUUCACCGAAAACAUCAACCAGGCUAUUUGGAGGUACCUCUGUGACAACCAGGAAGCUGCAGAGACCAUCCACAAGGAAAUGAGCAAACACUUCUGCAAUGUAGACUUCCAACAACCUACCAUCAAGUUAAGCCCACUGCCAUCUCUACUCAAACAGAAGGGUGUGAAACCCAAGCACUUACAACAAUGGAAGGACACCACCAAAGUUGCCUUGAUCCAAGCCUUGUCUAACUUUAAAUCAUUGGAGCUCCAGGUUCAGGACACUGUAUGGGAAGAGUCUGAAGGGGAGAUCCUCAAGGCAGUGUCUGGGGAGGCCGUGAUGGUAGUCCAUGAAGUGACCAGAGGUGUUCUGGCAGUGGUAGGAUUGGUAGAAGAUGUGGACCGGCUCAGGCAGACACUGGAUGGGAUCAUGGACAGGAUUUCUAGAAGAAUCAAGAGGGAGAAGAUGAGCAUAACAGAGGAGUUUCCUCUGGCUCCAUCAAUCUACCAGGUACUGUUGCAUGGCGGCCUGCUGGACAAGAUUGUUGGUGAAUUCCCAAAGUUGAAGCUGACGUAUAAUCAAGAGAGCCAGAGUGUGACCAUCUAUGGGUUGAUGCAAGAGGUGUUGUGUGCUAACAGAAAGCUUGCAGGUGAAGUAGUAGCCCUGAAACAAAAGCUGGUGGAAUUGGAUGACUACGUCCUUGAGUUCCUGCAGGAAGAAAACCAGGAAAAGGUAACCAGUUCCCUUCUGACCUUACAGCGCAUCAAUGCAGCACUAAAAAUAGAGAGAAAAGGAGUGCAGCUUCUGGCUGUCUCUGAGGAGGCCCUGUGCGAAGCAGAACAUCAACUGCAUACGCUUUUGAUUUCUCAAUACAUAGAUGUAGAAGACUCCGAUCUCCUGAGGAUGUCCGAGUGGAAGGAUAUUGCCAAACGUUUGGAGGAAGCUUCAAACACUCCUUUCAGGAAAGUUAUGGUCCAGACUGGUGACUAUUCAGGACAACAAGUGGUAGUGUCUGGCUACAAGGAAACUGUUCUCUUAGUUUGUAAUGAAUUGGUUGAUUUCUUACACCAAAAUGCUCAUGUUGAUGAAACUAUCGAAGUUAAGCCUGAGGCUAUUGUUAAAUUCAUCCAGGAACAACACAGGCAUGCUUGGUCUGAUAAAGUCAGAGAUAGUGGAGUUAAAGUUUCUUUCAAGGAUGAGGCUAUUUACCUGAGUGGCACCAGAGUUCACGUAACAGAUUCCAAGGCAUUAUUCGAAAACUUGUUAUCCUCCACAUUCUUUGACGCCUUGAGAAUCUCCAAGCCUGGAGCAAAGAAGUUCUUCCAGGACAAUGAGCCCAUGUAUGUUGACACAGUCAUGAAUCAGACAGGCUGUGUGGUCCAGCUGAUUGAAGAAGAGUAUGAUGGCAAUGGCGGACAAGGCAUAAAGCUAGCAGGAGGAGGAAUGAAACCUACCUACCAGCUUCAAACACCAGAUGGGGUGGAGAUAGCCGUUUGCAAAGCAGACAUGUGCAAAUAUUCUGUACAUGCUGUUGUCAAUGCCGCUGCACUGGACCUGAAGCACAGUGGAGGUCUUUCAGGAGCUCUUCUGGAUACUGCUGGCCCUCAACUGCAGGAUGAGUGCAACCAGAUCAUCAAGAACAAGGGUCAGCUCAAGCCAGGGGACUGUGUCAUCACUGGUGCAGGAGGGAAGCUCCGCUGCAAGCACAUCAUUCAUGCAGUGGGACCCAGGUUUGACCAGGCAAACCCCCAGAAGGCCAUAGGACAGUUGAGGAGGGCGGUGAAAGGAAGUCUGGAUCUAGCAGAGACCCACAACUGCCUGUAUGUGGCGCUUCCUGCUAUUAGCUCCGGGAAUCUAGGCUUUCCUCUGACCCUGUGUGCAGACACCAUCAUCAAAGCUGUUAAAGAACACUGUGAUGACAAGUUUGGGGAGAACACUCUGAAGAAGAUCCAUCUGGUGAACAAUGAUGACAAGACAGUCCAGGCUAUGGAGGCAGCAGUGCAGAAGGUGUUUGGGAGCCAUGGGACUAGUCAUCCACGAGAGAAUCGACCCACCAUAGCUACACACAGCCAGCCUGGUAAUCGGGUUCAACGCACAAGUGUUUCUUGUGUGCGGACAAAAGAGGGGCUGGCUAUUACCCUGACGAAAGGGAAUAUCCAAGAUGCUGUGACAGAAGUUGUGGUCAAUACCGUGGGUGAUGACCUAGCACUUAACCAUGGUGCAGUCUCCAAGGCAAUCCUCGCCGCUGCUGGCCCCCAACUUCAGACUCUGGUAAACCAACAGGGCACAGCCGGAAGGCCUGGGGAAGUCAUUGUCACCACUGGCUGCAACCUGAAGAGCAAGCAGGUGUUUCAUACCAUCGCCCCGCACUGGGACAAUGGACAAGGAGCACCACAGAAGAUAUUGAGUGGGAUCGUGAAAGAGUGCUUGGGUGAGGCAGAGCAUCAGGGACUCAUCUCGAUCACCUUCCCUGCCAUCGGCACGGGAAACCUGAGCUUCCCCAAAGACCUGGUGGCCUCUCUGAUGCUGGAUGAAGUCCUCAAGUUUAGUAGUAAGAGGAACCCCAAGCACCUGAAGGAGGUUGUCUUCAUCCUCCACCCAGGCGAUGCACCGACGAUCCAGGCAUUCACUGAUGAAUUUAACAAAAGGUUCACAAACCAGUCGGGAACGUCAAGGGGCUCAGCAGCAUCCAGUCAACAGAGUAAAGGCCCUUUCUCUAAAAUCACUUCAAGCUCAGGGAUGCACGAGACGAAGAUGGGAGGGGUGCUUAUACAGGUAAUCACAGGAGACAUCACCAAGGAGACCACUGAUGUCAUCGUCAACUCCUCCAAUAACACCUUCAAUCUCCAGUCAGGGGUAUCUAAGGCCAUUCUGGAUGUGGCUGGUCAGACUGUGGUAGCUGAAUGCCAACAACUCGGAGCCCAGCCUAACAAUGGAGUGAUACUUACCCAGCCGGGCAACAUGCAGUGUAAGAAGAUCAUCCACCUGGUUGGUCAGACGGACCCAAAGAAGAUCCAGGAGUCGGUCAAAGGAGCACUGCAAAUGUGUGCACAGAAUAACCUCACAUCCAUCUCCUUCCCUGCUCUCGGCACAGGUCAGGGCAAUGUACAGGCGGGCCAGGUGGCUGACGCAAUGUUGGAUGCUGUUGUGGAGGUGGUGGGUCAGAAGUCCCACAACACACUGCAGCUGGUCAGGAUGGUCAUCUUCCAGCCUGCCAUGCUCACAGAGUUCCACAAAUCUAUGGUGAAGAAAGAGGGCACAGACGUUGACACUCAAAAGAAGGGGAGCAUCUGGGGAAAAAUGAAAUCAUUUUUAACCUGGAGUAAAGCUGACAUGCCACAAAAGGAUGAGGAUUUUGUCAUCGAGGGCCAGCAAGUAGAUCCAGCUUUCUUCCAUAUCUGCGGUGGCUCUCAGGCCAGAGUGGACCAAGCCAAGCGUUGGAUCAAGGACCUGAUCCUGAAGGAGCAAAUCAGCAACAGCAUCACCGAUGACGCCAUCUUCAACUUGUCUGACUCUGACCGUAAGUGCAUCCACGACAUGCAGACCACCAUGGGAGUGAGUGUGAGGAUAGAAUACAAUUCUUCCAGGGAGGAAGCUAUAAUCACGACCGAGGGCCUUAGCAAGGAUGUCCUCAAUGCAGUCAACAAGAUCCAGCAGAUGCUGAGGAAGGCCAGGGACAAAGAGACCUUCAACAGGAACGUGGAAGUGGCCAGCAACAUGGUGGAGUGGCAGUAUCAGCAGCAGCCAGGGGGGCAGUACCAGAGCUUUGACCCCAUCCCCAACUACCAUCUGGAGCAGGCGCUGGAGAGGAAGUUGCCCCACGUAGAGGUCUCUUUCCAGAGGCAGAUGUACAAGGUCACCCUUCCUGACGGGCCUGCUACAGACACCCAUGGCAACAGCCUCAAAAUUAGACGCAUCGACAAGUCUGCAGCUCAACCCAUUGACAGUCUCCCUCAACAUUGGGAUGCUAUGCCAGCAAACACGUCAUGCCAUUCCUGCCUCAUUCAGCCAGGAAGCCCAGAGCACAAUGAAGUCUUAAACUUGUUCCGAGCCACCUGUCCCAACAUCGUUUUAAAGAUUGAGAGGAUCCAGAACCCAAGCCUGUGGAGGAACCUCCAGAUCAAGAAGGAUGAAAUGGAGCUCCGGAACGGUCAUAAGAACAACGAGAAGAGGCUCUUCCAUGGAAUGUGCCACACAACCAUCAAACACAUCAACCACUAUGGCUUCAAUCGGAGCUAUGCUGGGAAAAAUGCUGCAGUGUAUGGAAAUGGCACAUAUUUUGCAGUUUCUGCCACAUACUCUGCCAGUAACACAUACUCAAGACCAGAUCCACAAGGACAGAAGUAUAUUUUUCUCUGCCGAGUUCUGACUGGAGAUUUCACAACAGGACGACAGGGGAUGAUAGUGCCUCCAGCUAAAAACACAACAUCUGCUCAACUCUACGACAGCGUGACAGACAACAUAUCAAGGCCAUCCAUGUUCGUUGUAUUCAACGACAUUCAGGCAUAUCCUGAGUACUUGAUCACUUUCCGCUAGACCACAGAGAUAAAAGCAAUGCAAUGAACACUCGUUCUUUUUAUCUGCUGUGUGAAGUUUUUGUAAAUUGCUUUAUAAAUUGUCAUUUAUAAUGUUUCUUGAAAAACUGAAAAUGAUUGUUACUUUUGCAUGAAAAAGUGUAACUAUUACAGGUUGGUUGUAUAAGUUUGCUAAAGGACUGUAAUUAUAUAAUCUACAAUUGAUAUGUCCUUUUUUUUACAAUCUCAAUGGCCACUGUGCUUUGUACAGGUUGUACUUAGGGGUUGGGGGACUUCCUGUGAAUGUACAUCCUUGUUCACUGUCUCAUUGGAAGAACAACUGAAAAAAAGACAAAGUACUAUGCAUGGCUUGUUUUGGAUUGUAGUUCAGUGUUGCCAAGUUGAUUGUAACUAUGGUCAAUGUCUAAUAAGCACAUACAUUUAUAUGAUGUGAGUUAAUGGAUAGAGAAUAAGGCUCUACGAAAGUCCCUGACGUGUGCUGAGAAAUCAUGUGACACCAAACGUGAUAGCAAGUGGAUGUGUGUGUUUAUGGAAUGGCCUUUCAAUCAGUUUGCUUGUGCGGAGGAAAGUACAAAUAAUAUAUAUAUUAUAUAUAUAUAUAUAUAUAUAUAUUCUACAAUCAGACAAUUUUUUAAAAUAAAAAUCGCACACCUCUUAAAGGAACCCCCACUGGUGGUUUAUAAGAGUGGUCACAAUAUUGGAGAUAGCUUGGUGAGAUCUGACAUGCCCCCUGAGCCCACUCAGACACUAUUGACACCUAUCCCAAAUGGGAACUACAAAUGAGGCUCAUGCGCACAGUGCAAUAGCACUAUGAAAACAGCCUUCUUCAGACACCCACAUACAGGUAUAAAAAUCCCUGUAAGGGAAUACCCCCCUGAAAUGUAGAAAAAUGAAUGGGGCAUAUUGGCACCUUACAAAACAUAUACACGGUGUGCAAUACCACUCAAUUUGGCGUUGUUUCAUUCAAAGUUGAUUGCAAAUGCCAUAUGGCAAAUGCCAAGUGUAACACUGCAAAAAUCCAACAGAUGGCGAGUGCGCUCCACCGUAAUUUUUCAUAUUGCAAAUGUAACACAAGUCAAGACCCAAGAGUAACAUUUUGAGAAAUGGAAAAAAAAUUCAAAAACGUAUCACCCCCUUAAAAAAGGGCUUUCUAGACCGUUUUACGAAAUUAUUUCGAUGUUUUGUCAAUUACACAUGUAUAAGAACUGUAUGAACAUACUUUUGUCAUAUUUGAUUAUCAUUAUUGUUAUUAUUAUUAUGUUUUACUUGUCCAUAAGGCAUGUGUUGUCCAUUUGCAAUAUGAUUUCAUAGGAAGUCAAAGUCAAAAGUCACUUUUGACUUUUGCAAUAAGAAAUGAGAAAUGAAAAAUGUCCAAAUGCAAUAUGAAAGAUUUGAAAGUGCCAAAUCAGGAUGUUAUGUCCAUUUGCCAUGUACGAUCAAUGGAAGUCGGUUUACAAACACAAAAGUCAGUGAACCAUGUCCAAAAGGUAUUUAUACUGCCAAAAUGUUAUAUAGCACUAUGUUAAGCCAUGAAUCAACCUAGAUGGUCUAUUUGUCAUGUAUGAUGAGGGAGAAGUGGGACUGUUGUUUUUUAACGAUUUUUUGAAAAAUGUCCAAAAUGACAAGGGGCGCCCGCUAUUGGAUGGGCAUGGGUGGGGGGUGCUCCCUACCCAACCGUGGACCCCUUGCUGCCCCGUAAUGGCAUUAAAAACUAUUUUAAAAAUG